UUCAUUAUUUUGUGCAAACAAUUUGCACUCGAUUAUUUAUAAUGAUAUAAAACGAUGGGAUUUCAAAGUAAUUUGUUUCUAAUGUGCCUAAUCGGUCUCUAUGGCGUCACAAUAGCCGAAAGAGAGUCUGUGUCAAAAAAAGAUGGUACUGUUGUCUACAAAUAUGUUGAUCGGGACGGCAUGGAGUGGGAAUAUGAGCAGAAACUGCUUAAAUUAGAUAACAGUCUAACGCCAUCUAGUGUGAUGGUCUUUAAUGGUCCCUGGACUCCGGAAACAAAGUCUGGUUCUGUCAAGAGUUCGCCAUUCGGUUUAUUGGUACUUGUGCUCUUCCCAGGAACACUCACAAUUGUCUAUUCAUCAAUUUAAUUCAUCGGCCUAAAUAUAUGCGCUUACCUAUUUGUAAAUACGAGUAAUUAAAUAUAUUCUACAUUUGGUAAUAUGGUCAA